AUUUUGUAAACAAUAAUAAAAAAUCAGCGACAUCAAAAGUAAAAGCAAGCCUUUGCGGAAGCAGUGGAGAUCAGUAUGAUUUGGACAAGAACAAAUUUUCAAGGAGUUUCCAUUCGUUGAAUUGCAGUCUCAAAAAGAAUGCUAUUAUGCUUGGGCAAUAUGGACUUGUGUUUGAAGAUAUUCUUCUACAUACUUAUUGUGACUGGUUCAGGUGAAUCUAUGGAUCAGACUUCAGUGACAGAAUCUACCCAGCAAUCAACUGAUGUCCCUCAGCUUGAUGGUACAUCCAAGAUACCAAACAAAGACAAUCUGUCUCCUCUAUCAGACAAAAACAAUGACACAGAUUCAGACAAAACACUGAGUACAAGUUCACCUGACAGCAUUAAUUCUGAACCAGACAAUUCAAACAAUAGCACCAAUGAUGUGGAUGCGGAUCCAAUUGUAACUACAGCUCCCUCUGUUAUAGAUAAAGCCAACACUGAUUCCAAUGCAAACCAAACAGACAAUCAAUCUAUUUCUUCAGAAGCACCAAACACUACCACUCUGGUAGACUUCACAACCCAAAAAGUCACCACUACUGAUCAGCAUUCAACCACAACUCUUGCUUCCAUUGUUCGCAGUAGAAAAUGGAUGGACUAUUUCUUACAUGCGCACCACUUUGAUGGACAGUACAUUUAUGAUGGGAUGGUUUACUUCUUCAAAUUCCUUGUGCAGUACAUGAGCCCCACUGAUCCAGACUAUUUAGUUGUGUCGUUUCAAGAUGAAGAUGGUGCUUACCUUGAAAUGAAUGGCACAUCAAGAGAAGGAAAUGGGAUUGUAUUCAAGCUUAUCAGAAAGUAUAAGACCAGUCUACAUUUCCCCCUGUACAUGCCCUUUGAGUUUACUGGCUUCAUGGUGGAUUAUGGCAGUGGGGUAUUCUUCUCUGGAAAUGUGACUAAGCCGGAAAAUAGUUCGUUUGGAUGGAUAAAAAUGAACAAAGGCCUGGGAAAGGUUAUAACUGGCGAGGAGGCUGGAACCAGAACCGCCAUUAUCAUUAUUAUCCCAACCACUGUGGCCUUCUUGGGGAUCUGCGGAACCAUUGCGCUCAUAUGCUGGGCCUCAAAGAAGGGCUAUCUGAGCGGUAGACAUAAGUCUUACAGAUUGUUUUCUAAUACACAGGUCUCUUAUGAGUCUGAAGCUGAGACCAUACAUAUAUGAUUUUGUGUUUGGAUGGGUUUUUAUGAAAACUAUGGUAUACAAUUUUGGAGAUAAUUUUGAUUAGUUAUCAUGACAUUUUUUUAACUAGUAUAUUUUUCUGUUCUUUUUUAUGGUAAAAAUGGUAAACAUCUUUUUAAAUUAUAUGUAGGUUUUAUAACAUACACAUUUAAUAUUUUUGUUGUCAAUAUAUGGUUAUAAUGGUAAACAGCUUUAAUUUGUUGCUAUAACAUACUCAUUUCUAUAUCAUUUCAUAUUUUUCCAGUUGUUUAUGGUAAUAACAGUAAAACAACUUUUUUGAUUAGUUAUCAUAACAAAACACAUUUCUUGACCAUUUCAUAUUUUUCUAGUUUCUUUUAUGAAAAUUUUGGUAACCAGCUUUUAAUUAGUUAUCAUAUAAUACACAUACACAUAUUUAUUUACCAUUUUGUAAUUCCAGUUUUGUUACGGUGAUAACGGUAAACAGCUUUUUAGCCCACCUUAGUCUUAGACUGAGGUUGAGCUAUUGGGAAUCGAUGAAUGUCUGUCGUCCAUCCACACUUAAUUGGUGAACACUUUAGUGGUUACAUUUUUGCCUCAAUUGUCAUGAAAUUUAGUCAGUAUAAUAAUCCCAGUAAUUACUCGGACGAUUUCGAAUAUGGGCCACCUGGGAUGAAAAACUAGGUCACAUGACCCAAAAAUAGAAAAAUCUUGUUAACACUCUAGAUGCUACUUUUUCAGUCUAAAUUUGUCAGAAAGGUUGUUUCGUUGAUUUCUAGGUCAAGUUUGAAUAUGGGUCAUCUGGGGUCAAAAACUAGGUCACAGAGCCCAAAUAUAGAAACAUCUUGUUAACACUCUAGAGGUAACAUUUUCAUCCCAAAUAUCCUGGAAAUUUCUAAGAAAAAUUGUUUCGAUGAUUUCUAGCUCAAGUUUGAAUAUGAGUCAUCUGGUUUUCAAAAAAUUAAGUCACAGAGCCCAAAUAUGAAAAACCAUGUUAACAUUCUAGAGGUUACAUUUUCAGCCCCAAUAUUCUAAAACUAGGAAUAAAACACUGCCAGGCUACUGACAAGUCUUGGAAGGGGUUUACAGGUCUGCGUAUAGUUACGACUUCUAUAAAAAUUUCUUCAAAUCCUGACCCUUGUGUCAAAUUUAUCCCCGCCCAAAAGUUUAGACUGUUUUACAGGUGAGCAAUCUAGGGCCAUCUGAUGGCCCUCUUGUUUAAUUAGUUAUCAUAACAUACUCAUUUCUUUAUGGUUACAUAUAUUUCUAGUGAGCAAUUUAGAAAAAGAAUAUUAUUUAAUUAGGAAACACAACAUUCACAUUUUUCAUGACUAUUUUUUUCCAUUUACAUAUCUAGAACAUUAUGGUUUUAUCAAUUUUAACUUGCACAUUUAUUUAUCAUUUUAUAUUUUUUUAUUCAGAAAUUUAGAAAUGAUGAUUUUAAUUAGUUAUCAUACAGUAAUGUAGUAUGCACACUUUCUAAGGGCUAUUCCAUUUAAACAUAACCUUCGGGGGGGGGGGGGCACUUUUAAAUUAUGCCAUUCCCUACAGAAGCAAAUCUACUCUUUUGUGGUCCAAAUUAGCAAAACACGACACCCAAGUACAUUCUAGGAAAAUAAUUGCCUUCCCCCCAUGGGUUCUAUGUUUCACUGAAAUAGCCCUAAGCAUUUUAUAUGAUUUCAUUAAGAUAUGUAGAAAUAGGAUUGUAUUUAGUUAAAGUAACAUUCACAUUUUUUACUGCUUUAUAUAUUUUCUGAAAUUGAGAAAGAGGAAGUUUACAUAGCAUGCACAUUUCUUUACCAUUUUAUAUGUUUUUAUUGUUACAUUUAGAUAGAGGAUUGUUAUAAGACUUAGUGAACAUAGCAUGCACAUUUCUUUCCACUUUCAUAUUUUUUCCAUUUCGAAAUUGAAAAUUGUUUACUUGUAGAUCUGAAAUAUUGAUGUAUUUGUUAACAUGUAUGUGUUGUUUUGUUAAAACUGUAUAAUAACGUUAAUAUUUACCUUGCAUAAUAUAUUCAAAGUAUUCAAAUAUAGAUUUUAACAUUUUUAGAAAUGGAAAGUUAGCUCUGUUAAAAUGUUAUAAACGUUAAGCUUACUCAUUUUUCAGCAUUAGUUGUUUGAUUAUGAUAUAGAAAUUGUUCCAUUUGUCAUGUAAUUUUACAUUUAAGGUUAGUACUUUCUGUUUUGGGGUUCAAAGGUAAAGGUCACGUUUAAAAGCCUGAUGAAAACUUACCUCGCAAUACCUCAAGAACGGUUAGCCCUCGGACCACCAAACUUCUGUAGUAGGCUGCCAUACCCCUAUCGAUUAUAGGGUCAAAAUAUCAAAAGCCACUGUCAGCAGUUUGAUGAAAUUUUAUCUGCACGAUAACUCAAGAACGGUUUAACCUAGGACCUUAAAACUUCUGUAGUAGGCUGCAAUACCCCUAUAGAUUUUAGGGUCAAAAGUUCAAAGGCCACUGUCGACAGUUUUUAUUUACAACUGUCUGCUCAAUUACUCAAGAUGGUUUGACAUAAAAUUAUCAAACUUUUGUGGUAGGUUGCACUUGACCAGCCAAUGACCCCAAUGAACUUGAAGGUCAGAUGGUCAAGGUUACGGUAAACAGUCUUAUGCAAAUCUUUCCACGGCUCUUAAGUUAAAAAUAUAUGUCUUCACUUUUGUUAUUAAUUAAUUCAUUGCUUCUUAGAACACCCAUAUUUAAUCAGCCACAUUAUACUGACAAAGAGGAGGUUAAGGGACAUACUUGUUGACAAACUAUGGCUUUAGUAAGGUUAUCAAACAAUGAACAUAAUUGACCUCUUGUGUGUUGAAUGUUUUAAUUUUUCUACGUUUUGAUUGCCAUAACGAAACAGAAAAUAUGUGAUGUAUUCUCAUAGUAUUGGUAUCGAACAGAUACCGGAUUAGGACAUCAUUGAAUACAAUUUAAUAUGCGUUUUUAUAUAUUUGUUAGUGCAAUAUGUGUUAUAAUAGUGUUUUAUGUGAUAUUGGUGCAGUAUUUUACAGUUAUGUAAUCUCAUUUCAUCCAUAUUUUUAUUCCAUUAAGGACACACAUUAUUCUUGUGAGUUUGAAUAAGGUGUAAAACACAUUGCAUAACUACUUUAAAUGUAUGUAAGAUUGACCAGUUUCGAUAUUGGUAAGUUUUACCAGCCAUAGACAAUGGGCUUAAUAAUCUAUACACCUUCAGCUAUUUAAUAUGCCAGUGCUCCAGCCAGGAUUUGAAAAGGGCACUUUUGAUACACAUUGAAUGAGCCUUUAUGGGGCAUUUGUAAUGGCCAAGUUCAAUUCUUAUUAUUUAUUUGUCGUAACUACUGUCAAUACUAAUAAAUUGAUAUGAAAGCCUCAACGGUUAUUUUUACAUAAGUGUCAAAGUUAUGUAUAUUUAUUAUUUGUGUACUUAUUUCUGAAAAUUUACUUGACAAUAUGUCCAAUUAAUAUCAAAUAUAGUUCAUUAUCAUCAAAGAGGACUUGUUAAACAAAUGGGGACAGUGGCGCAUGCACAGUGGCGUAAAGCCAAAAGGCUGCAGGGUGCUGGAAAGGGGCAGCAGGGCACUCCCCCCCUGCAUUUUAGGCCUAGCUGGAACACUGAUAUGGCCAUGUCUUAGAACUUUGUUUGAUUUCAAACUAGUUAGAAGAUUGUCUUAUCAAUUUGUUGAUCAAAGAUGUCUACUUAGCAUAAUUCAAAUGUCCAAUAUGAAACUGAAAAUGUAUUUUGCCAGUAUAUAUCAUCAAUAUUCAUAUGUGUUAUGUUCAUAGUAUUGUUACAUUCCAUAUCAACUACACAUGUACAUACAUUCCAAUGACAGUGUCAUUCUGUUUGGCACCUUAAAGCUGCGCUCUCACAGAUUGACAUUUUUGACAUUUUUUGUCUCAGAAUCAGAUUUUCAGGCAUCAAUGCCUUCAAUUCAAUAAGAUAAGAUAACCCAUUAUAGAACUAGUCUCAAUUGUUAGAAACACACCCGAUAUGUUUGUUCAGUGUUAAUAACGCUUUUAGAAGUAAAACCUCAAUUUUCCACCUAAAAUAUGAAAAACUGUGAUUUAGCUUUAGUCAGCUUUUUCAGACAAUUUCUUAAAGUUGCACUCUUACAGAUUGAAUGUUUUGACAACUUUUUUAUUUUUUGUCUUGGAACGAGCCAAUUUUUGCAAAAAUGCAUGGAAACUAGUUAUAUAAGACUGCUGACAAAAAAAAAAUCACAGAUUUUUACAUUUUAGUUAAAAAAUUGAUGUAUUAUGCAUUUUUCUUAAACCGUUAGUAACGGUUUAAGCCAUAAAUCAUUAACUUUCGAAAUAAGGAAAUAUGAAAAUCUCUGAUCUGAUUUUUUGUCAACAAUGUAUUUUCAUUGGUUUGCAGAUAUUUACACAAAAAUCUGCUCUUUUCAAGACAAAAAAUAAAAAGUUGUAAAAAACGGUACAUCUGUGAGAGUGCUGCUUUAAAAUUUGGCUCAAUCCAAGACAAAAAAAAAAAAAAAAAAAAAAUGUCAAACGGUCUAUCUUUGAGAGUGCAGCUUUAAAUGCAAUGUUUAAACAGCUUUAUGUUGAUCACAUAUUCAAUUAUAAUUUAUUUUAAACAGUUGUUGUUAUGGAGAUGGACAGCAUUAAUCAAAUCAUCUCUUAUUAAUUAAUUUUUUAAACUUGUCUUGUAGUUUGAUUGUUUUUAGAAAUAUACCAUUCGGGAUUAGCGGUUGUGAACACACAUUUUACUAUAUAAUCUUACAUUUCCAUUCAUUCUUUGUUGUACAGUAUUUAUUUUGUGAUAUGAAUAAACUGAGUU